CCGCGGUUGUGGUCAUCGGGAGGUGAUGAACAAGCUGCUCGAGCUGAAGCCUGACGCCGUUGGCGGGAUGCCGGCGAACGCGAAACCGGAGGAGGCGCUGGCUUUCAAGGUCAAACUCAACUCCUGGUACCAACGGUUCCGCAAGCGGAAUGGGCUCAGCAUUCGCCGGCGUACCAACGUGGGCCAGAAACUGCCGAAGGGGUACGAGGGUAUGGCGUGGGCGACGGUGAUGAAGCUGCGCGAGGCUCUCGUAAAGCGCGCCGGUGAGAUCUGCGCUCGGCGCCACCCGCCGGCACCUGACGAGAGCCCUAUCCAAGGAGAGGAUCUGACUUCCGAGCAGCUGGCGUCUGUGGAGGCGGAGGUUUUCGAGGAACUCGGCAACAUGGACCAGACGCCAGUCCAGGACGAUAUGUAG